AUGGGCGCGGGCGCCUUUAUCGAGCCGCUCGUCGUGGUCAGCCUGCUGUUCGGCGGCACCUGGCUGAACCGCAACUCCGACUAUCGCCUCUUCGCCUCCUCGCGGUCGCACCGGCACGCCAGCCAUGUGCGCAGCGGCUCGCCAGACAGCCUCGAGUCGGGCAUGCAGAGUCCCACAGACGCCGAUGGCCUCCUCUCCCCCCGCGCCAGCUCGCCCUCGUUGCUUUCCGCCGACACGGAGCCCAAGUGGAGGAAACGUGAACUGCGGCUGCUGGGCUUCCGCACCAGAGUGACCUCGCCAAACACGCGCGUCUUCCGGGAUCGUUUCCUAAGCCGGUUACUGCAAAAGUUCCCGUUCCUGGUUGAGGCUUGGUACUGGGCCCUGAUCUACUGGGUCUACCAACUGGGUCGCGCCUUCACGGCCCUGACGCUGGUCGAGGAUACCGUCAAUGUCGCCCGCAAGCAUGCCCUACAACUCAUCCACAUCGAGCAGAAGCUGCACAUCUUCUGGGAGCUGGACGUGCAGCAUUUCUUCCUGCAGUAUCCUACCGUCAUGACCUGGAUUAACCGCAUCUACUCCUUUAUCCACAUUCCUGGCACCAUCCUCUUCCUCGUCUGGCUCUACUACUUCACCACCACCCGUAACCGCCUGACGGAGCGCCAGCCCGGCAAGCCCGCCGGCAGCAUCGAGGGCAGCCCUGCCGGCCCCGCCCUCUACGAAGCUAGGAGACGCACCAUGGCCGUGUGCAACCUUAUCGCCUUUGUCGUCUUCACGCUGUGGCCGUGCAUGCCGCCGCGUCUGCUCAGCGACAAGAACGUGAAAGGCCCUGUCGGCGACGAGGCCCGCAAGUUCGGCUUCGUCGACACCGUUCACGGCGAGGGCGGUGAGAGCAGCGUCUGGACGCAAAAUAAGUUCUGCAACCAAUACGCCGCCAUGCCUUCCCUGCAUUUCGGCUACUCGCUGCUCAUCGGCCUGACCAUCCUCACCAUCCCGCUGCCGCCCCAGCACCGCCGCUCGCUCUCCAUCCGCCUGACCAACAGCCUGCGCCUGCGCCUGCCGAGCCCACGCCGCGUGCUGUGCGUCGCCGUCGGCGUCGCCUACCCGCUGACCAUCCUCAUCGCCAUCGUCGCCACCGCCAACCACUUCAUCCUCGACGCCGUCGCCGGUGCCAUCGUGUGUGGCUUGGCUUGGACUGGCAACGCGGUUCUGCUGAACCUGUUGGCCGUGGAGGAUUACUUUUUGUGGUGCGUGCGCAUCCACAAGCCCGAGAACAGAACGACGGCUUGGAUGGAGGGAGAGGGCGACGAGUGGAUUGUUGGAAAGGGCGUGUUGCCGUGA